CACAAUCACACUUGUUCCAACUUUUUCUCCUCGACAAUAACUAUGCGCCUACCAUUGUCGACGUCCUCGGGCGCAUUGUUGCGCAGCGCCGUGCGCAAGCCCCUUUCCCCAUUGUUGCGCCGGGCGUCGUCCGCAGCUCUCCCAGCUGCGUCCCAGGUGACGACGCUGCCGAACAAGGUGCGCGUCGCGACCGAGUCGACGCCGGGCCACUUUCACGCCGUGGGCGUGUAUGUCGACGCGGGGAGCAGGUUCGAGAGCCACCGGACGAGCGGCGUGUCGCACCUGUUGGAUCGGCUCGCGUUCAAGUCGACCGACAAGCACAGUGACGAGGAGAUGACCCGGUUGAUCGACCAGCUCGGGUCGCAGAUCUCGUGCUCGUCGUCGCGCGAGACGAUAAUGUACCAGUCGACGGUUUUCCCGCAGUCGCUCCCGCUGGCGAUGGAGCUGCUUUCGUCGACAGUACUUCACCCGCUGCUGCUGCCCGAGGAGCUUGAGGCGCAGAAGGCCGCGGCGGCGUACGAGAUUCGCGAAAUCUGGGCCAAGCCAGAGCUCAUCUUGCCUGAGAUCCUCCACACCGUCGCGUUCAAGGACAACACGCUCGGCAUGCCGCUGCUGUGCCCCGAGUCGCAGCUUGACGUUCUUGGCGAGAAGGAGAUUCGCCAGUUCAUGCGCGACUGGUACCGUCCUGAGCGGUUGGUCAUUGCCGGUGUCGGCAUGGAGCACCAGGAGCUGGUCGAGCUCGCCGACAAGUUCUUUGGCUCGGCGGGUGCCAAGGCGUCGCUGGAUGUCCCCCCGUCGUCGCUCCGCCCUGGUGUGUCGCCCCAGCCUGCCGGCACCAAGAGCUUUGCGACGGUUUCUGACGCCCCGACGGACGUCUCGGACGACUACGCGAGAUUGGCGGCCGCGCGUGCGGUGUACACUGGCGGCGAGGAGUACAUUCUCAAGCCGGAAGAGGAGUUUGUGCACCUCUACAUUGGGUUCGAGGGCCUUGGCGUGCACGACCCUGAUAUCUACGCCCUCGCCACCCUGCAGACAUUGCUUGGUGGAGGUGGUUCGUUCUCGGCCGGUGGCCCAGGCAAGGGCAUGUACACGCGGUUGUACACCAAUGUUCUGAACCGGUACCACGCGGUCGACUACUGUGCUGGCUUCCACCACUGCUACGCCGACUCGGGCCUGUUCGGCAUCGCCAUGUCGGUCUACCCGCAGUUUGCGGGCAGCGCGGCGAACGUGAUUGCGCACCAGCUCGACACCCUCACGCGGCCGCAGAAGGGCGGCAUUACCGCGAUCGAGCUGAGCCGCGCGAAGAACAUGCUCAAGAGUCAGCUUGUCAUGGCGCUCGAGUCGAGGCUGACGGCUGUUGAGGACCUCGGCCGCCAGACCCAGAUCCACGGCAAGAAGGUGCCAGUAGAGGAGAUGUGCACCAAGAUUGACGCAUUGACGCUCGACGACCUGCACCGCACUGCGACGCGUGUGCUGCGCCCGUCUUCGCGCACCGCGCAGAUCAACUAUGGGCUGGGGUCGGGCGAGCCGACCAUUGUGGGGCAGGGACAGGUCGAUGCGCUCGGCGAUGUGCGGGCGACGCUCAAGGCGUGGGGACUGGGCCGGCAGCCGUACUAGGCGUGCGGCAGUCCUAGACCGCGCAGCGUAGAGGAGCCAUUGUUGUGUUAGUAGCCACAUGCACUGUUCGACAA